AUGGGCCCCGGCCGGGGGUGCGGGGAGGCCGGGCAGCCGUUCACGCCAGCCCGGGGAUGCGCCGCUCGGGCUAGGCCGCGCCGGCUCCGAGCGGCUCCGGGCCGCACCCCCCCGACCCCCGGCUGGGCUGUGCCGCCUUUCGGCCGGGCCGCGCCGCUCCGCCUACUCUCAGCCGCCGCAGCCGGCCGCCCGCCUCGCUCCUCCCCUGCCCUCAGCGGCACUGCUCCGCGCCCGGCACACAGGCAGCCGCCGCCGGACCUGCUGCUCCCAACAUGGCCGCCGCCACCGCCGGCCCUCGGCUCUUUCCGCCGGCGGCAGCCGGAAACAUCCGAAGCGGCCUGGGACGGGAGGGCGGCCGGCCUGCUGCUCCCGGCCACCGACUACGGGCGGAUUCCGGAAACGCCGAAGAAGGCAACCCCCGGGGACGCGCGCGCCUCCGCGACCCCGAGGACCGGGCUUCGGCUCUGUUUUCGGAAAUCCACGAAGCGACUCCGGGUGCCCUGGCCCCGCCCACAGGCCUGGCCCCGCCCACUCCGGCUGGCUCUCGGCAGUUUCCGGAAACACCCGAAGCCGCCCGCGUGCGGAGAGCCGGCCCCGCCCACGCCCCGCCCCGCAGCCAGCGGCGUCGGCCAUUUCCGGCAACACCCGAGGCCCGGCGAGCCCCGGGUCAUUCCCUCGAGUGGAGCCGAGUCCAACUCUUCGCUUCUUUCCGUCAGUUGUCGGCUAUUUUCAGACCUUGAACGGGGAGCGGGGAACUCCUGUGCGUGCUGCUAUUUGACUAAAUAG